CAUCCACUAAAACAUCUCCUUCCUCAUCUCCCGCCUGAAAACUCAUUGUCGGCGCUUCACCGGAUUUGCUUUCCCCCAUAAUGGCCACAGUUGCAAUGCAAGCAUCUGCGGCCGCUCUCCGGCCAUGCAGCUCCCGUUCGAGAUUCUUGACAGGGGUGUCUUCUGGGAAACUACAACCGUCGAGGCUGUUCCCGGCCAAAUCCUUGCCAUCUUCCACCUUCAAGGUGGAAGCCAAGAAGGGUGAAUGGCUCCCUGGUCUUCCCUCGCCGGUCUAUCUCGACGGAAGUUUGCCAGGUGACAAUGGAUUCGAUCCCCUCGGCCUGGCCGAGGACCCUGAGAACCUCCGGUGGUACGUGCAGGCGGAGCUCGUCAACGGGCGCUGGGCCAUGCUCGGCGUGGUCGGGAUGCUGCUUCCGGAGGUCUUGACCAAGAUCGGCAUCAUAAACGCGCCGCAGUGGUACGACGCCGGCAAGGCUGAGUACUUCGCAUCCUCGUCGACGCUCUUCGUCAUCGAGUUCAUCCUCUUCCACUACGUGGAGAUCAGAAGGUGGCAGGACAUCAAGAACCCCGGCUGCGUCAACCAAGACCCCAUCUUUAAAAACUACAGUUUGCCGCCACAUGAAUGCGGCUACCCUGGCAGCGUCUUCAACCCGCUCAACUUCACCCCCACACUCGAGGCUAAGGAGAAAGAACUUGCCAAUGGGAGACUGGCAAUGUUGGCCUUCCUGGCGUUUAUUAUCCAGCAUAACGUGACAGGCAAAGGGCCAUUUGAGAACCUUCUGCAGCACCUUUCGGACCCAUGGCACAACACAAUCAUCCAAACCUUCCAGGGAUAAAGAUUAGGAGCAGAGCCUUUCUGUUUCAAAACACUGUAACAGUAAUUUUAUUGUGGGUUUACUCAAGUGAUACGUGAAGAAAGCAAUCCUGCCUGUACAGUGGAAGUUGAACUUUUGUCGAUGAUAUUGCUAUUGUUGUUGUCA